AUGUAUGGUGAAGAGUCUGAAGACCCAAGCCUACCGAAUGCGCACUUUGAACUGACUGUCCCAACAAGCAAGCUUUACGUGAGCCACCACAACAGUCUGAGAACCUACAACGAGGACAAUCAGGGGUCCCAACAUAUCAGCAAAGAUGCCAGCUCCAUGAUCAAGAUCGACACCCAUGCAUCGGCAGUACUCAAAGCUAGAGACAAAAUCUCUAUCCUGGUGAACUUUCUGACACAGGGCCACGAGACUCUUCCACCUCUUAUGCCUGAAAUAUGUACCACAAAGCCGUACCAAGACUAUCUUCCGCGGUAUGGGUGUCUUCUUCGGGUACACGAAAACACCUUGAAGUUCCUUGAAUCAUACCAGACGAAUAUUGAUUCUCGGCCAUUACACGUUGCGAAAUCUUUCUACCAUUAG